UUCUGUUGCGACUGUAAUUGUAACUGCAGUUGUAUCCUGUUUUUCAGGCGGCAUCUAUGGAGCUGAAGAACACGUGGGUGUCAGAGAUCAGGAAAGUCCUAACAGGGCAACUGGAAGCUUGCAGAGAAGCAAGCCAGCUUCACCAAAGAAUCACAGAGAGCGUUUAUCACGCACCAAUGAAUUCAGGAAACUCUUCCAGGUACGGCAGAAAAUCCCUGAGUCUGUGCGAAAAUAAAUCUGAACUCUCAAGCUUGGAAACGUCAAACAACCGGAACAUGAGCCCCAGCACCAGGCAGAAAAGAGGUCCCCUUGUUCCUGCGUUGAAAGUCAAGAGGCACGAAAUCAAAAGCGAUCCAACUCCUUUCGGUUUUGAAGAAAACUCUGCUUCCUAUCCCAGAUGCCUUUGAAAGCACCCUCUUGGCUCAAGCUAACUCCAAUGCCCUUUCCUCUGCAAGAAUGGUGCCCAGAUCAGCUUCACAGACAGGUAAAAAGAAAUCAGAGUAAUCUUUUUUGAGAUCAGAUGCUCAUAUGCACUUGAGAAUAUCUUUGGAGAGAGAAAAAAAAAAAAGAUCUGGUACGGAGAAAAUUUAUCUGGGUUAUGAAAUGGACUGGAGCUCUUUUACAUAAAGACCUAGAUUCUUAAACAUGCCCUCCACACUUGACUGGGGUUUGUGCCAGAACAGACUUGAUUGAUUAAAGCAUGAAAAUCAUUUUUUUUAAUUUCCUCUUGACCACCUAAACUUUUUUCUUUCUACCAUCGACUUCAGUUGUAUUCUAUUUGUCCAUCCUCUUCUUUUCUUUCGCCUCAUUUUGAAAAUCUUCAGAGUGUUGAUUUACCUACGCUGCUCCCUGAGUCGAGUUGAUUCCUGGUGAUUUCAUGGAUAUAGUGCAGUUUUCUUGGCAAAGCUGCUGAAAUUGUUGGCUAUUGUCUUCUUCUGGGAUGUCUCUUUUCCCAACUUCCCAGGGAUGCCCACAGUCUCCGGCACCAUCUGGAAGUCCCCCACUCAACUAGCCAAGCCCCCAAAAAGGUCAAGCAGAAGUGGUCCCUUUCAGAACACACCUCAUGCAUUGCUGAUAUUCUCACCAUGUUGUCAUGAUUAAAAGACUCCAGAGAAGGUCUCUACUCCAGUGGUUUGAGUCCUACCACCGCUUGACGGAGUGAGCUCCCGCCACUUGCCUCAGCUUCUGCCAACCCAGCAGUUCGAAAGCACGUAAAUGCAAGUAGAUAAAUAGGUACCACUCGGUGGGAAGCUCACAGUGUUCUGUGUUUCACCGUACACUUUACACUGCGGCAUGACAACAUGCUGGCCUCAUGAUUGUGGAAAUGUCUUUGAACAGUGCGGGCUCACUGGCUUAAAGAAAUGGGGAUGAGAACUGUCUCCUAAAGUCAGCUAUGACUAGUAAAACCCACAGGGAUUCCUUUAUUAUUGUCUUGAUUAUGACUUUUCAGAAGAAAUACCUGUUUUGAUUGUGAUGCAGCAAUCUCCAAUAAAGUGAUGUUCUCCAGGUGUGUUUAGCCGUCUAACUGAGCCAGUGGUAAAAUUCAACAUUUUACUA